UUGCUAAGCAAAUGUUAAAAUAGGUCAAGAAAACUUUUACAAAUGUCUCGAUAUUUCAAUCAAUCUUGGUUAAUUUACUGAAAUUCACAUUUGUGAAUGUAAAUCAAAUGGUGUAAACUUAAAAGAAUCAUCUACGACUAGGAAAGAGACAGAGCGCCACCUAUAGGGAGGAAAUGGCGCGGCCAAUGCUGCAUGAAAUUGACGCCAAUGAUUUAGAAUUCUUCGAGAGAUGUGGCGGUGGAACAUUUGGGAGUGUUUACCGGGCAAAAUGGAUUUCUCGCGACAUGGAGGUGGCUGUCAAGAAGUUACUUGUCAUGGAAAAAGAGGCAAGUGUUCUGAGCAUGCUGAGUCAUCGAAAUAUCAUCCAAUUCUACGGUGCCGUCCUUCAAGAGCCCAACUAUUGCCUCGUCACUGAGUACGCAGAGAAUGGGUCACUCUACGCCUUCCUCCAACUUCCCGGCAACUCACUCGAUUUCAGCUACAUCAUCCAAUGGGCCAAAGACAUCGCUCUCGGCGUAAACUACCUCCAUAACGAGGCUCCAGUCAGGGUCAUUCAUCGCGACCUCAAGUCAAAGAAUGUCGUGAUAACGGGCGACUGGUUGUGUAAGCUUUGUGAUUUCGGUGCGUCGCGGACGCUGAAUAGCACAACGAAAAUGUCGCUUGCGGGGACGUUCCCUUGGAUGGCGCCGGAGGUGAUACAGAGUCAGCCGGUGUCUGAGUCAUGUGAUACGUGGUCUUACGGCGUGUGCCUAUGGGAAUUACUCACCAGCGAUGUCCCUUUCAAGGGUAUAGAGGGUUUCCAGGUGGCCUGGUUAGUCGUGGAGAAGGCGGAACGCUUGCCAAUCCCGAGGUCGUGUCCACCUUGCUUUGGACAACUGAUGAAGAAGUGUUGGAAUUUUGACCCAAGGGAGCGACCAUCUUUUAAACAGAUUCUGACCGCACUUGAUAAUAUGUGUGAGGAUGAAUCGCUGCCGUCGAUUACAAACUCUUUUGUCGGAAAUAAAUCCGAGUGGAGGAAUGAGAUUGAAGAAACUUUGACGAGGUUGAAAAAAGCGGAACAUGACUUAUAUGCAAAGGAGCGCGAUUUAAUGGCGAGGGAAAUGAAAGUUAAACUCAGGGAGAAAAAUUUAGAGCAGUCCAAUCUAAAAGAGACAACGUUACACCAUGACGUUACCGUGUGGACAGAUGUGGAUGUCUAUCAUUGGGUAAAACAGCUUGGGAAUGAAGCAUAUGAUCUCGCCCAGUAUGGUGAAUUGCUGCAAGCGAACAACAUCAACGGGAAACGAUUGCUGCUGCUGACUCAGGGAGACCUCAAGCAAAUGGGCAUCACAUCCUUCGGACAUCGCUUAGAUUUACAUACGGAGAUCCAACUGCUCCAGGCUUGUAACUUUGCGUUGAAGAAUUUUCCCCCUCUGGCUCCGGUUCCAAUGGAGGAAAAGAAAUCACCAAUGGUUGAGAACAAGAAAAUGACAAUCACUCUGUUGUUUGGAAACCACAUUCGACUCGGUGCAACGACAAAGGACCACAAGUGGAAGAUGUACAUGGAGAUUGAUGAAGAAGAAGAAGAAGAUGAAAUUGAAUGCAACCUCGUCCUGACCUGCAUCAGAUUCGUCGAGUUUGUGUGCCAUGGGGCGGGGCAUGAUAAGACAUUCAAGCUGAAGCAGCCUCCAUAUGUGAUGGAAAAAUGGCUGGUUGGGAUUGCUGAGGACUUGGAGAUAGAGUGCAAUGUCACAUUUGAGGAUAAAGUCAAGAAACCACGCAGUAUCAAAUACACCCACACAAUUAAAACCUGCGGGACGAGCAACGUCGAACAACAGAGCGUGACCUUGACCUUGAAGCAAACCAAAUUCAUCGCCGAGUCACCAAACUCUACCAAGGGUGCCUCUUUGGUCCAUAGUCAGAGUAGUCCAUUCCUUGUCGGUGGGCUGAACAGUUUGGCAUCACAGGCUUACCAGGAGCCUGAAAACAGAGAUACGUGGGCCAGUGUCGUCGCGGCCAGGUCACGGCCCGCUCCGACUGGUUACAUCGACGUCCAGAGAAAAUACUCCAUACCAAGCAUAAACAGUCCUAAUCCGCAAGCGUCUCCGAAUUAUAGUCCGAAACGAAGCCAGCCGCAAAGUCCAUCGCACAGUCGGCAGCAGAGCCCGGCCAUUAGUAGCAGCCAAUCACAACCAGUCAUUCACAGCACUCGGCGCUCGCCAGAUUUUGGCGCUCGAUCGCGUAAUUCCAGCGGCGCUAGGUCACCUGAUGCUCAAAACAUUCGCCGACGCCUCAAGGAUGUUUCUCAUAAUUUGAAUCGUAACGACAAACUAAGACCAGUGAGCGAUUCGAAUGUUUUCUUUUCUAUUUCGUCCGAUUCGUCUCAUGCCAAUAGUAUCGCCAGCUCAAAUGGACACGAUGAUUGCUUGGACGCAUCGUCCAGUACCGUAGUUCUUUGCGCCAACUGUCGCUCGCCCGGGCUCUCGCCAAGUCGGCAGAAGCGAUGGUCGGAUGUUAUCAAGUCACCGAGUGAGACUGAUAGCGUCGAGGUGAAGACGAGAUGUUCUAGCGAUGCCGCGUUGAUUGAGAAACGCUCUGCAAGAAAUGUUAGGAACUAUUCCGAUUCGGUCAAUGUGAAUUCACGGACGGCGUCGAGGGAGAGUAUGCCGCUCUGGCGCCAGACUGGAUCCACGAGUAGUGAUUCCCGGUCGCCAGCCGAUUUCAGACCGCCGCGACCUUACGCUGGAAACAGGAGGCCAGGUUCAGCCGGAAGCCAGGGGCGACCAUUGUCUGCUGGAAGCCAGGGGCGGCCAGGUUCAGCCGGAAGCCAGGGGCGACCAUUGUCUGCUGGAAGUCAAGGGCGACCAGGAUCUGCUGGUAGUUGGAGGCAGCAAAACGCCCCACGGGGUAGAGGUGGGGAGGGUCAAGGUUACACUGGGAGGGGUCGAGGUCGGGGUCAAGGACGUGUGGACUACAAUCGCGGUCACAGUGAUUGUUCCCAGAAUCUUAGACGGAAUAAUCCACAGGAGCAUCAGCAGUUGGGAACAGGGGAACAGUACCAGCGCAGCCACAGCACCACUGACGCCAAGAGGCUUAGUCAGCAGGGAAAACCGGUUUGCGGGAAUGACCCGAAUCGUCUAAUCACAGAUGGUGCCACCAAUGAGAGCUUUCCACAAAACGCGUAUGAUUCGCCGAAGAAAUUAACUCUCGGGAUCCCAGGUGCUGAUGUUAGCGUCUCAUGGGAUAGCCCGACCCCUUCACCUCAGACAACAGCUAGUCCCCAGACGACCUCUAGUUCUCGAACGACCUCUAGCUCAAAUUCCGCCUCAAGCGUUUCACCCGCGACGAAAAAAAACUCUGGCUGGACUGUUGUUGGUGGGAAGUCGAAGAAAAAGCAAGGUCAGAGGUCAAGUCGGGGUGGGAGAAAUCAAGGACAUCGACAUUGAUGUAUGUUACUGACGAUUAGUAUUGUGCCAAUAAUUUAUAAGGCUUACUUAUAUAUUUUUUGUAUUGCCUGUUAGAGAGAUUAACCUUUUGAAUCCCGGUGACCGAGCAGUCGGUCAUUUUGAAAUAACGUUUUUUCCCAACGACCGACAGGUCAGUCUCAAGUGAUAUUUUUAUUCCCUUGAGCUGGGACGCUAGUUUAUUGCUUGUUUUAGCGUGUUUGAUGUACAGUAGGGUCAGUUAGAGCUUGCCUGGGUAGAUGGCGCCUCGGUACCGGACUUUGGCAGUUGUAUGCAGGCGCUAUACAUGGUGAAAGUCAGACCCAAUUUUGCAACCACGUGACCACACUGGGAUUCCGGGAUUUUCAAAUUUUGGGAUUCAAGAGGUGAAGAUUUUACUUUGAGAAAAGAGGACUAGGUGAUUUUUCCUCUCCAGUCAGGGUGAUUGUUUUGAAUUAUCAUUUCUUGGCGUACCAGAUAUUAAAAUUGUGUGCCUUUCAUAUUUUCUGGUGGCUCUAGAAAAUGGAAAUGCAGUUAUACACAAUGCCGUAGUGGAGUUAUCAUGCAUGCAAAUUUGCUGAAACUUGGUAUUCAUAGUAUUUGUAUAUCAGUCUACACAACGACAAUGUUGGAAUUUAUAUCAAGUAAGCAUUAAGGCGUUGAGAAGUUUCAAAUUCGAAUACAGUAGAACCUCUCUAUUGAGGACACCCUCUGGACUGACAAGUGCUGUCCUUAAUAGAGAAGUGUCCUGAUUAGAGAGGUCAAAUUGAAUGGAAACAGUCAAUUUGGGACCGAACCUAGUGUCGUUAAUAGAGAGGUUGUCCUUAAUAGAGAGGUGUCCGCUGAGGGAGGUUCUACUGUACACAUUUUUAAUGAACGGAAUAGGCCUUCUAAUCUUCGUAACGAGUUCAUUUCAUCUUCAUUCCUGCUAUUCUGAAGAAAAAAAUGCUUUCAAGUUUCAAACAUUAUACUGGAAGCAGAAUGUAAAUUUUGAAAAUUAUCUGAAAAAUCGGUUGGCAAUGGCAUGCAACUAUCAUUUUGUAAUUUGUAUUAUUUUACCAUUAUUUGUUUGAAAGUGGAACCGAUUUGAGUAAUUAUUGAAAAAAUUUGAAUGAUUUUUAACUGUGCAUCAUGUUUACAAUUUAUUGUGAAUCUGCUUGAUAAUCCCGGCAAUAAAAAUAAAAAUGUACGGUGGAACCUUCCUCAGCAGACACGGACACGGAAAACCUCUCUAUUAAGGACAACCUCUCUAUUAAGGACAACCUCUCUAUUAAGGACAACCUCUCUAUUAAGGACAACCUCUCUAUCAAGGACAACCUCUCUAUUAAGGACACUAGGUUUGGUCCCAAAUUGGUUGUUUCCAUUCAAUUUGAUGUCUCUAUUAAGGACACCUCACUAUUAAGGACAGCACUUGUCAGCCCCGAGGAUGUCCUUAAUAGAGAGGUUCUACUCUAUUUGUUUACAGUCCAACUCACUAUGAGGAACCUGCAGACCUAAAAAUCCAGAUGGCAGCACCGGUACACUUCCAGUGCAGUGAAGACUGUGAAGGAAAUUUACGCUGUCAAAGAGAAUGGCCCUCUAUAACACAUGAGUGUAGCGGGACAGACUGGGAAUCGAACCUGGACCUCAGGGGGUAACCGGCACCGAUUUUACCACCGCGCUACUCCGAAAACCUCAAGGAUUCAGAAUCUUGAUGAUCCUCAUAGAUGGCGUAGCAAGCCAUGUACCUUUUCGAGGUCAGUACGACCGUUGAAAGGACAACAGCAACUGAGUUUGACAUGGUGUCGUCUGCAGUUACAGUGGAACCUCCCUUAGCGGACACCUCUCUAUUAAGGACACCCUCUCUAUUAAGGACAACCUCUCUAUUAAGGACAACCUCUCUAUUUAGGACAACCUCUAUUAAGGACUACCUCUGUAUUGAGGACAACCUCUCUAUUAAGGACAACCUCUCUAUUAAGGACAACCUCACUAUCAAGGACAACCUCUCUAUUAAGGACAACCUCUCUAUUAAGGGCAACCUCACUAUUAAGGACAACCUCACUAUUAAGGACACUAGCUUUGGUCCCAAAUUGCUUACAUUCAAUUUGACCUCUCUAAUCAGGACACCGCUCUUUUAAAGACAGCACUUGUCAGUCCCAAGGGUGUCCUUAAUAGAGAGGUUCUACUGUAUAUUCAAAUGUCACUUGACGUCGCGCAUGCGUUUUACGACAAUCGGUGUCCAGAGUUCGCCAACAACCCAGUCUGACUCUCUGGAAAUUUUUUUUGGAGAUAGAAUUAAGGGAUGAAUUGUGCACAAAGGUCUUCAGUUCCAGUUCACUCGAUGUAUGGGUUCUGCCAUUUUGGAAAAAAAUUCUAUCGAAAUGGAAUUCGAGCCAGAAUUGAAGCUGCAGUAACCUUUCUAUUAAGGACACCCUUGGGACUGAGAAGUUCUGUCCUUAAUAGAGAGGUGUCCUGAUUAGAGAGGUAAAACUGAAUGGAAACAACCAAUUUGGGACCAAAACUACUGUCCUUGAUAGAGAGGUUGUCCUUAAUAGAGAGGUGUCCACUAAAGGAGGUUCCACUGUACAGUAGAACCUCCCUUAGCGGACACCUCUCUAAUAAGGACAGUACUUUUCAGUCCCGAGGGUGUCCUUAUUAGAGAGGUUCUACUGUAUUUUGAUUUAAGCUAUGCAGUACAUGUGCUCUGUCCUCAAUGUCUGGCGGUUUUAUUGAGUAUCUGAACAAUGAUUUUAAAUCCUUAAAGGAGUAGGCGGGUUAUUAAAGGUACAGUUGCCAAGCUUUUGGCUGCCAAACUUCCACAGUACAGUAUUAGUUUCCAUCAUCAAAUUCCACCAAAAAUGGAAAAGGAAAAACUGACGUAAGAAUCGGGUUUGCCAGAUGUUUAUGCCAGGUGAGCCCUCUGUGCAGCUAUCAACUUUGUUCUGGAUUACCCCAAUGCUAUGAUGACAACGACAGUGAUGCAAGUGAUGAUGCCUUGUGGUGACGUCAAGGCCAACCUCAGGUGCACUUGGGCAGUGCAAACUAGUCCAUGCCAGAAGUUGUGAUUGCUAAAAAUGACAAAAGGUGAAGAUUUUAAACAAAGUUGGUAAAACGUCCGACACUUUCAGGAAACUAGUUUACUUAUGAAACAGGGAAGAACAAACAUGUUGAACGAAUUAUCGGCCUACUCCUUUAAUUGAAAUGAUUUAAUUGGUCUCAUCUUGCCUAAUAAAUACCUAGUUUGUUAAAUUUUUAUGGAUUGAGCACAAAUGAUUAUCAUUGUUGAAUCAAAUGCUAGUAAAUUAUUAUGAAUUUUA